AUGUCAAGUUCAUUCAUUUGCAAUAGCCAUGGUCUACAAAGAUAAUAUCUGUGCAUUGAAUAGUAUUGUAGUGUCGAAGAUAAGUUGAUUUGCAAAAAGUGCAUUCAUGAUCACUCACAUCAUCUUAUUGUGAACUGUUAAUAAAGUAUUAAAAUGAGCUAAGAAUAUAUUCAAUUAAAGAAAUAAGUACAUGAUGACCUACUUUUGAUAUCCAACAAUCUGAUUAAUCUAAGAAUCAACUUAAUGAAAGAAUUAGAAUUCGUUGAGUUAAAAAUUAAGGAAGUCAUUUAACAAUUGAAGAUGAAACAAUAAAUUGAAUCUACAAUCGAAAAAUACCUACAAUAAAAAAACGAAAACACUCUAACAGAAUUGGAAUUUCAAUUUGUUGCACAAUAUUUAAGUUAAGUUUCAAAAAAAGACAACAAAGAAGUGAAAUUGGAUAUUGAAUUUAAAAUCUAAUAUGAAAGUGCCUAAUAUGUUGAAAGUCUGCUUUAAAAUGUUCAAUAGAAAUUAGAGGUCUUAAAUCCCUAUCGAAAUAUUCAAAAGCUUGACUCUAAGGUUCAGAUCAACUAAUUUAUGCAAUUACUAAAAAAUGAAAUUUUAACAGUUAAACCUAAUGAAAUUAUUGUAACAACUAUCUAAGUAGCUCGUAACUGCAAAUUAAUUGGUUUUAUGCAACCAUGUAUUAAUGGUAUCGAUUAAAUGUAAGAAUAAGCAAUGCAUCUCUCGAUACAUUAAGGAUACAAUCUAAUUGAAUUCAUUUAUUAAUAGCAAUUGAAAUUGAAUCAUAAUUAAUUAAAUGUCAUUAAUAAUCAAUAUUAUAUUAAAAUUACCCCUGUUUUACUUGAAUCCAAUAAGGAAUACACUAUUGCAUUAUAAUCCAAAACAAAAUUACAUUUAGAUUAAUUUUAUAAACCAGCCAUUGAAAAUCCAUAUCUAAAAUUUAUAAAAGUUCCUGAGACUGAUUACAAAAAGAAAGAUCAAAAAUUAGAAAUCAUCACUAAUCAUGGCUAAUUUCCUAUUUUGAUUUUAGAGACAUUUGUGCAAAAAUGA